AUGGCUUCCGAGACACAAGGCAGUGAGCAAGAUCAGGCGCUGAAGCGCUAUGUGGCAAAGGUGCAGGAGCACCGCGAAUUCGAAUCGCGUGUGAAGAAGCUUCGGGAGACCGUGAAGAAGAACAGCGUGGACUACGACAAAUCCGAGGAUCACCUGAAAGCCUUGCAGAGCGUUGGGCAGAUUAUCGGCGAGGUCUUGCGACAGCUGGACGCCGAGCGCUUUAUCGUGAAGGCCUCGAGUGGCCCUCGCUAUGUUGUCACGUGCAAGGUAAAGCUCGACAAGGCCAAGCUGGUGUCAGGCAGCCGCGUUUCCUUGGACAUGACCACUCUGACGAUCAUGCGCUUACUUCCGAGAGAAGUCGACCCGAUGGUCUUCAGCAUGCUGCAUGAGGACCCUGGGAAGAUCUCCUACAGUGAUGUUGGUGGCCUCACUGAGCAGAUUAGGCAGAUGCGAGAGGUCAUCGAGCUGCCAUUGACAAACCCGGAGCUCUUCAAGCGUGUGGGCAUCAAGUCUCCGAAAGGCGUGCUGCUCUAUGGCCCGCCGGGAACCGGAAAGACGCUUCUGGCACGGGCCAUGGCACACAACAUGACGGCCAGUUUCAUCAAGGUUGUAGCAUCUGCCAUCGUUGACAAGUACAUCGGAGAGUCUGCCCGAAUCAUCCGCGAGAUGUUUGGCUAUGCGAAAGAGCAUCAGCCAUGUAUCAUUUUCAUGGAUGAGAUUGAUGCCAUCGGCGGGAAGCGGUUCUCUCAAGGCACGUCGGCUGACCGAGAGAUCCAGAGGACUUUGAUGGAACUGUUGAAUCAGUUGGACGGCUUCGACGAUUUGGGCCGCGUGAAGAUCAUCAUGGCCACAAAUCGGCCCGAUACCCUGGACCCUGCGCUGCUUCGGCCGGGGCGCUUGGACCGGAAGAUCGAGAUUCCGCUGCCGAACGAGCAAGCCAGGAUCGAGGUGCUCAAGAUCCAUGCCAACCCCAUCACAAAGCACGGGGAUAUCGACUACGAAGCCAUCUGCAAACUCACAGACAACUUCAACAACGCGGACAUGCGCAACAUUUGCACCGAGGCCGGAAUGUUUGCGAUCCGCGCCGAGCGGGACUACGUCGUUGAGGAAGAUUUCAUGAAGGCCGCAAGAAAAAUUGCAGACAACAAGAAGCUCGAAGGCAAGCUCGACUACGAGAAGGUGUAG